UCAAAUUUGUUUGGACUAACUAAACAAAUGUACCGCGCUUCGCUGACCAGUUUAUCUUCCCCUGCAUCGACGGCUGGUGACUGUCUGUCCAGGAUAGAGGUCCUUCGCCGAAUAAAUAAGUUUAGCCUAAAAGUAGUGAAAGCUAACGACCCUGAACUCUUCGCUGACACUGAACUUGUCCGCUGGCAGGUCGGUCAACACAAUGGCCAGCAUGGCACGUUUUCGAAAGGUGAAUCGCCAAAGUGAGAAGCUCGAACCGGAGGCGAGUGCAUCGUUGCUAAAGUCAUCCCCGAAUAUAUUGGAGAACUUUGCCUACGACGAGUUUCAGCCAAUACAAACGAAUCACCCGCUUCUCAAGCGGAUGGCCACCACACCCGUCGCCCAAUCCGGCUCCCAGAGCAGCUCCUCUUCCACUUCGUCUUCGCGUAAGGAGCCCAAGUUCUGCGACACCCUGGAGCGACAUGCCUUCAUGCGGAAUGUCAUUAACCAGCAGCCGGAGAGCACCCGCCGCUACUCGAGUCCGGGUGAAAAGGAGGCCCAGGUGCGGCGCAGCCUGGAGGAGAUCACCAAGGAUCUGAAGGAGAUCGAGCAGUUCGUCAGUGCCACCGAAGAGCUCAUGCAGAGGGAGAAGGAACAGGAGCAGAUGAUGUACUCCAACAAGGAGAAUAAGUGCCCCAGUCCGGUGAAGAGGGUUACCUAUAAGAUUAAUGCCUACAAGGCGCCGCCUCGAAGACAUCGUCCUGGAAGUCCACGGUUCUACCACUCCAGAUUGUACUUUAGGAAUGGCAAAAUUGGAUGUGUCGACUCCACGGAGCAUCAGAACAAUGUGGGCGCCACUCAUGCUCUGGUCAAGCACAUACUGCACCAUGAGAAGCCUCUGGUGAGUCCGGAUAGUGUGAGGAGAGUGCUCGAGCAGGAGAGCUUCGAAAUGGUUCCGCUACCAGGAGCUGUUCCUGAGAUCGUACCCGAUCCGAUUGCCAUUCAGCGGGCGGAGGAAUUGGCCGCAGCUACAGGCCAAGUGGUUUUGCCCAAGGAGGAAGAGGAGGAAAAGAACUCACCACUGCAUCAAGUAGAAUCCCAACCAGACGUUGACGAGGACGAACAGGAUGUGCAGAUCUGUUACAACGAAUCGCCGGAACUUCAAAACGAAGAUCGAAAUGAGCGAACCCAGAGGACACCCUCAAUAAACGAGAGCGAGAUAGUGGCUGUCGAUGAACCGGACACGGAAAUGAACUCGGAUGUGGAUCACCGCAAGCCAAGCAGCGCUGGUAGCUUGGACUCCCAGGGUCAGCAAUUCCUCCGCGAUCAGGUUCGUCAUCUGGUUCGUCGCUUUACAGCCAGAGCCAACAAGGUGAAGUCCCGAAUCGAGCUGCCUCCGACUCCUUCGUCCAGCAGCACGGUCAGUUCACCAUCUCCGCCUCCGACCAAGAGUCUGCAUCCUUCUCCGCAGCACAAGGUGCGUCUGGUGCCGGCUGGUCAAUCACCCCAUCGUGGCAGACUCUUCGAAGCGGACACUCCAAGGUCCAAUGUGUGGCUCUGCUCCAGUUUGUGCGGCGCCAACAAUGAUGAGCGAACCCUGGAUCCCCAGGGCAAGAUCUACAUUUCCUGGCUGUGCGUUGUGUCGCUAUCGUUCCUCUAUAACGCCUGGGUAAUCCCGCUGCGUGCCUCGUUUCCCUUUCAAACCAAGGAGAACACCAAUAUCUGGCUGGCCUGUGACUUUUGCGCUGACAUCAUAUACCUACUGGAUGUGGUCUUCUUUAAACAUCGGGUUAUGUACCUCUUUGAGGGAUUCUGGGUGAAAAACAAGAACCUUACCAGGAAGAACUACAUGCGAAAACUGCAGUUUAAGCUGGAUCUUCUGGCCCUUCUUCCUCUGGAGCUAUUGUACUUUAAACUGGGAACACAGGCUGUUUGGUUGCGUUUUCCCCGGUUUUUUAAGAUUCAGAGCUUUUGGGAAGUGUUUCGCCUUUUGGAUCGAGUUAUAUCCUCUCCACAUUUCGUACGAGUGGCCAAAACCCUAACCUACAUGCUCUACAUGAUCCACAUCACGGCUGCUCUGUACUACGCCUAUAGUGACUACCAGGGUCUGGGACAGAAUCGUUGGGUCUUCAGCGGCAAGGGACAUCCCUAUGUAAGAUGCUUUGCUUUUGCCACCAAGACGGCAACUUCGAUAGGAAAAAAUCCCAAACCGGAACGGCAGGGAGAGUACGUCUUCAUGACGGUGGCCUGGCUAAUGGGCGUCUUCGUAUUCGCUCUGCUCAUUGGUCAGAUCAGGGACAUCAUCUCGACAGCCACUCGGAACAAGCAUGAGUAUCGCCAGCUGGAGGAUGAGACACUGGAGUACAUGCGACGCCUUAAUCUCUCCCAGGAGGUGCAGUCGAGGGUCAAAAUGUGGUUCCAGUUUACUUGGGAGCAGCAGCGCACUUUGGAUGAAUCCAACAUAUUGGAUGCCUUGCCCAUCAAUUUGAAAACCGAUAUCGCCAUCUCCGUGCACAUCCAAACGCUCUCCAAGGUCCAACUCUUUGCUGAUUGCGAGGAGGCUUUACUCAGAGAUCUGGUUCUAAAACUAAGGGCCGUCACAUUUCUGCCUGGGGAUUUCGUUUGCCGCAAAGGCGAAGUGGGCAGAGAGAUGUAUAUCGUGAAACUGGGACAGGUUCAAGUGAUGGGUGGUCCUAGUAGCGAUGUAGUGCUGGCCACUCUAACCGAAGGUUCCGUGUUCGGUGAGAUCAGUCUGCUGGGAAUCAAUGGAGCCGAUCGCAGGACAGCAGAUGUUCGAUCCAAGGGCUACUCCAACCUGUUCGUGCUGUCCAAAUCGGAUUUAAACGAGGUCAUUGCUUACUAUCCCACUGCCCAGGCGAUCCUCAAGAAGCGUGCUCGUCAGCUAAUGCGAAAAAAUGCAGCCAGGGAGCGGGAAGAGGAGCGAGAGCGAGCACGCAGCGCCCUCCAGGCAGAUGUGGUCAUCGGGAAUCCCAAAACACCAGAGACGGCGCCCAAGCUUCUGCAGACAGUUAUCCAGGCGCUGCCGUUUGAAUCGCCAGCCGUGGUGCUCAUCACGAGAGGUUCGAAGAGGAUGCGCCGCAAGCGCCAGUCCGUACAGAUGGAGACCAUUGUGGAGCCCAAGAUGGAGGUCACAGGCGCCGCCGAGUCGCAGGAUCAAAAGAGUUUAAAGCCGGGACGAUGUUCGCCAGAUUUGCUAUCUUCCAUACAGCAAGAGCUGAAGUCUAAGCACAAGUUUAUCAACCUCACGGACUCGGAGAAGGCGCUGAUCAGCCAAUCGGCAAACAAUUCCCUGGAGGACGUGAAAGUGGUGGAUCUCUAAGAUUUCAUAGCCAAUUCCAUAUUAUUUGUCUAACUAUUGUAACAAAAUAUUCUGCGAUAUAAACUCUGUGUGCAUAACGA